CUUCUUCUCGUAGGCUGGGCGCACGGCAGAAAGAAAGAGAGAGGGCGCGAGAGAGGUUUCCACGCAGAUAACCUUCCUCAUAUAUCCAGGACACCGCACCCCACGCAUCAGGUCAAAACUUCAGGUCAAAACUCCGGAGAGAAAUCAGCUGUCAGAUCUGCUGCGCGCUGCACGGUCCGAGGGUUUGGAACUCCAAGAAAACGCUAUUAUAUCCACUGAAAACAGGAACAAUGAGGAUUCUCCUUCCUCUGGUAAUCCUACAGCUGCUCCUGACUCCAGCAUUCAUGGGGCCCAGUGUGGAUUACUGGGACUCGUGGGGUCCUUACGGCGAAUGCAGUCGCAGCUGUGGUGGCGGUGUAACCAUGAGAACCAGGCGAUGUGUCACUCACAGGGCGGAUGGAGGACACAACUGUGUGGGACCAGACAAGUCAUAUCGGUCCUGCAACAUCCAGGACUGUCCAGAGGGUUCCAGGGAUUUCCGUGAAGAGCAGUGCUCCCAGUUUGAUGGGUCAGAUUUCAACGGGAAACGCUACAAGUGGCUUCCUUAUUAUGGAGCUGAGAACCCCUGUGAGCUGAACUGCAUGCCAAGAGGGGAAAACUUUUUCUACCGCCACCGCAGAGCUGUGGUUGAUGGUACACCCUGUCACCCGGGGCGGAGGGAUAUCUGUGUGGAUGGAGUCUGCAGGCGUCUGGGCUGCGACAACAUGCUGGAGUCCCCUCAGCAGGAGGACCCCUGCCUGCAGUGUGGGGGUAACGGCCAGUCCUGCUACCGCGUCAAGAACAGCUUCGCUGUACAUGACCUGCCAACCGGCUACAAUCAGAUGUUCAUCAUCCCUGUUGGAGCCACCACCAUCAGCAUCAGAGAGACACGGGCCACACGUAACUACCUUGCUAUCAAGAACCUCCGUGGAGAGUACUACCUCAAUGGUCACUGGGUAAUUGAGUUUUCCAGAGCCACACCUAUUGGUGGCACUAUGCUGUACUACCAGAGAGGUGCUGAGGGUGACAACAUCCCUGAAACCAUCAUCGGCCGUGGUCCCACAACUGAACCACUUGUUCUUGAGCUGAUCAGCCAGGAGCCCAACCAGGGAGUGGAAUAUGAAUAUUACCUUCCAAAUGGACGCUCCAGAGAGGGCUACUAUUGGAGCUAUGGAUCCUGGUCUGCUUGCAGCAAAGAGUGUGGAUCAGGCUACCAGUCUCGUCUGGUCUUCUGCACAAUCGAUAACGAGGCCUACCCUGACUAUCUCUGUGCUUCUCUGCCGAGGCCACAGAGCAACCGUACAUGCAAUCCCCAUGCAUGCCCACAAAUCCGCAGGAUGGCGUACCUGUAUCCACCACAGUUGUUGAGAUCCUCAGAGAGGCCCAGAGCCUAUGUGUUCAGCUGGAGAACCGGGGAGUGGAAUGCCUGCUCAGUUACCUGUGGUGGAGGCUCUCAGGUACGCAGUGUGCAGUGUGUUUCCCAUGAUGCCUCAGGACCCCGCGUGGUGGAGGAUGCCAUUUGUGCCGCCUAUGCUGAUGCUCCUCCCUCUCUGCAGACCUGCAACAUGCACAAAUGUACAGAAUACCACGUGACUGGAUGGAGUGCGUGCUCUGUGACCUGUGGUUCAGGUGAACAGACCAGAGAAGUGACCUGUGUGGGUUCAGGUGGUGUGAGGCUGGAUGAAACAUCCUGCAGUGCUUUGCUACGCCCGGCUGUCGUCCAGCCAUGUGAGAUGGCCCCCUGCCCGAAACAGAUCAGCUGGCAUGUUGGAGAGUGGGGACUGUGCUCUAAGAGCUGUGGCUCCGGCUCACGAGAGCGCCAAGUGAUCUGCUCCGAUCAGGAGAGGAACUUAUACCCUGUGGACCAAUGUAACGCCCAGCCCAAACCACUCACCGUGGAGCGCUGCAACACCCAGCCAUGCUACAGGCCACAGGUCGUCCCCAGCAUUCAGGACCCACGGGGACACGACAACACUCAGUCUGGCUUCCAGCCGUAUGUGCCAGAUCACGCAACAGCCCGCAGGCCAGAGACAAGAGAUCCGACCCAGACGAACGCGGUUCACGACCCCCAUAACUCCGCCCCGGCUCUCCACUGCAGUCAGUCCUAUUAUGGCUGCUGCUCAGACGGGCGCACUUCAGCCAGCGGUCCCCAGGGUCUGGGCUGCUCGUCGGCUCCAGCUCCCACCCCUGUCCCGACAUCCUGCAUUCAAACCAGUUAUGGCUGCUGUCAAGAUGGUGUGACGGCUGCUCAGGGUCCCAAUAAGGAGGGCUGUGUGGAAUAUGUGAACCCUGCACCAACUCCUGCUCCUUCUCUCCCAACUGAGAAUGCAGUAGAGUGCCGUACCACCACCUAUGGCUGCUGCUAUGACCGUACCACACCUGCAAGAGGACCCAAUGGGGAGGGCUGCCCCAAUCCUCCAAAUCACAUUGAGCGAUCGAUCUGCUCCCUUCCCCGUGCUGCCGGAUCCUGCAGCAGUUGGGUGGCAAGGUACCACUUUGACAUCAUCACCUCCAAAUGUGUGCACUUCUGGUAUGGAGGAUGCCAUGGCAACAGCAACAACUUCAUGACCCAAGCAGAGUGCCAGAGUGCAUGUCAGGUGACUGCACCUAGCCAUCAGGCCCCACAGCCGGCCGCUCCCGCUGGAGAGUCUACGAGACAGGCGACCCCUGGAAGCACAGCAGCUGGAGGAAAUUCAAGAGGAAGAGAAUCUACAACAGAUGGGCGGUCACGCAACAUGGGGAGAAUUUUCGUAGUCCAGCGUGGCUCGACCAGCAGCACUGGAAGACAGGGUACAAGUGCAGCUACACAUGCCCACAGAGGUAGAGUCUAUUUGCGGGUACGCUGGCCUUCAACUGCCACAGCUGCACAGCACACCGGCCCAGCUGCGAGUUUGACCCUGGGAGGAGUAACUAUCGAUAAGGCUGACCCAUCCACAGUUGAGGCUUUAGUUGGCCAGACAGUUGUGCUGCCCUGCCGAGUCAGCCCUCCACCUUCAUCCACCAUCAUCGUGGAGUGGAGGAGAGAUGGUACACCUCUGUCGACUCACAGGCAUCACCAACAGCCCAAUGGUUCUCUAUUAGUAGGUCCUGUCACUAAGUUAGACUCUGGUUGGUUCUUGUGUGUGGCCACUCGUGAACGGGAGAGAGACCACCGCUACAUUUACCUGUCUGUCUCAGAGGGACCAUCUCCUACCUCACUUCCCAGAGACGGUCCAUUUCCGAGGUUCAGUAUAGAGCGUAUAAGCUCACCUCUGGUGGAAAUGCGAGCAGGACAAACUGCAGAACUGUCCUGCACUGUUGUCCCUUCCUCAGCUCGGCACUCUGUCAGCAUACAGUGGACUAAAGAUGGACAGAUGCUCAGUGACUCCAGGUUUACGCAGCGCUCAGACGGCACCCUGAUCAUCGGCCCUCUGACGUCUGACGACUCUGGUGUCUACACGUGCACAGUCUCCAACCAGCAGCAGCUAGAACAGAAACAGAUGCAGCUCAGAGUCCAGGCUGACCUGAAGAUCACCACAGCUCCCAAUAACAUCCAGGUGACUGAGGGCAGCACGGCCCUGCUCCCCUGUGUGGUGUCAGGAGAAAAUGUCAAUAUAGGCUGGUCAAGAAAUGGUGUACCGGUGCGUCCAGAUGGGCACAACAUCCUCACAUCAUCUGAUGGCAGCCUGAUCCUUAAUAAUGUAAAGCCUUCUGAUGAGGGCACCUACACCUGCAAUGCUUAUACCGGCAUCUACUCUGUGAGUGCCACAGCUGAAGUAAGGGUCAUUAAGGAAACACAACAAGGCGUAGAUGUUCCGCCAGAAUGUGUGGACCAGCCCGAGCUUGCCAACUGCGAGCUGAUCGUCUACGCCCGACUUUGCUCCAACUUGUACUACUCCAGUUUCUGCUGCGCCAGCUGCACCAGGCAUUCACAGAGGAACGACAGGUUUGGUCGAUUAGGCUAAAGCGACGGAGGGUGUAAAAACUAUGGGAUGGGUGGUGGUGGACUCUGAGGUGGGUAUUUGAAACCUUGGAAUUGCUUUGGAGGACAUUUGCAUUCUUACAAAACCUGAGCUGUCAGCUCUGAGCUGCUGUGUUUGCCAAAAGGACUCAAAACACUGAACAGAUUUAAUUAAAUAAUGCAAUAAAAAAGGGAUUACUGUAGAUGCACAGUAGAUAAACCUGUAAAGUAGGAGGUGUUCAACAGUGAGCACUGUGUUCAGGGAGUCUGCUGCAUUAAAAGAUGAGUUUGGACAGAUUAAACAGGGAGCUUAAAAUGAAACAUAAACCUAUAAAGACUGCUGAAUGCGAUGAGGUGAUGAACUCGUUCUUACUCUGCCACACCUUUAAAAUAAGUUAUUCGCUCAUUGUGUCUACAUGUUCUCUGUUUUUUUGAGAAUCAUGAUGAUUUAACUUCCAUAUAUGUUAUUAAAAGCAAUAAAAUUGUGAAAUGAUUUUUUUUCAUGUCAGUAAAUUGCUGAUACAAGACUGCUCUCACUGCAGAUUCUGUAUCAUAUAAAGAGCUCUUA